AUGAGCGCUCUGAUAGCCUACAUAAUGGUUUGCAACGCCACAAGAAAUGAGGCCGCCUACAAAACCAUUUGUGGCAGUGUUAUGGAGGUUGCACGCUUCCCGAACCCUAAACAGCGUACAAUGUCGCGCGAACUGACGACAUGCAAAAGUGGUCUUUUCGGGCUUGACAAGAAGUCGCAUCGGUGGUUGCAGUACUACAGAAAACUUCGUGCUAGGUAUGCCACUACUAACAUUAUCAGAAUCUCCAUAGCGCCGAUUGUCUUUAGCCUUGUGAGCCAACGUGAUGACAUCAGCCGCGAAGAGGACAUGUUGUGGAGCGACAUGUCCGUGUCGCACUCGUCUGUUUCUCCUCUUCUGAGACGCUUCUUCAUAAUUCUCAACUGUGAAGAAAUGGCUAUCACAUGCAAUGCGGUCUGUGAGGAUUUGUCAAUGAAUGAAUCAUUCGAUUUCAAGGGCGAGACAUGCAGCAAGCACUUGCACAAUUCGACAACUACAUGGCUCAAAGGAAAGGAGAUACAUGGACCCAGCUGA